AAGGUUGCUUUUCAUCAACUACUACAAUAACAAUUUUGAUUUCAACAACCUGUUCUAAAAAGCCAAUCAAUGGGUAAACCGCUAUGGCCAAGCGUUUACCCUAAAAUUUAGGUAUCCAAAAUAUACAAUAUUUUGGAAGGUUAUGCAACUAAGCCACUGAAUUAUGACGACAGCAUGGUUUUAGAAAGAGCUGGAAACAGGCGUUUUGAGCUUCUCUUAGCCUAGUCUUCAGAUAUACGUAUACAUUGUAAUUGCCUAUGUUAGAACCUACAAGUCUCACCUAAUAUUUAAUGGCCUGCGAUACUCCAGGACGGUCGCUCGUCCGAACCUUCAUCCUGACCACUAUCGCCUUGGUCCUAAUCACACUGUUUACCAGCUAUUUGCGUCUUAAUCCGACCGCUUUCGCUCCGUUUCACCACACAGCCUCGAAUAAGCCCGACGAACCUAGGACCGACACCGACAUGGCUUUGAACCUACCGAAUUACGACAAAUAUGUAGCAGAGAUGAAGGAUAGUGCAGAGAUGCCCUACCCUCAACUGUCGACCCGGUAUCCCCAUAUCUCGACCCUACCUGAACAGCAUUUACCAAACACCCCCUAUCAUAAAGGUACGCCACGUCGCCUGAUAUUCAUCGGUGAUGUACACGGACAUAGGGAUGCUCUCAAGGCACUCCUAAAGAAAGCUGAGUUCCGCCGGAGUUUCGAUACCGUGAUAUUCGCGGGGGACAUGGUGAACAAAGGUCCUGACAGCGACGGCGUCGUAGAGCUCGCUAUAGAGAUUGGCGCCUAUGGAGUGCGUGGGAACCAUGAAGACCGCGUGCUGCGAGCUUAUGACAAUUAUAUGUGGAAGGAGUGGAAGAAAUCUCAAAAAAGGAAAGGGGCUCGUAUCGACAGUAACACAGACGACGGAGAUGAAGACCAGGGAGAGGAAGAAGAAGCGGACGAUGCUACAGAGUCGACAAAUUCCAAAAACGUCGAAUUUAAGAACCAACAGACCCUAGAACGGGAACCAGAGAACGAGAAAGGCGUCGCAAUAUCCGCCAGGAACAAAAUAGAAAAAAAAUCUCCCGGAAAUGAAUAUGGAAGAAAAUCACUCGGGAAUAAAAAGGGAACAGAUAAAGGAAAAAAGGACAAGAAGGGGAAAGACAAAUCACACAAACACAUCACAGACCUAGACACAGCAAGAUCGCUAAGCUCAAAGUCUCGCAAAUGGCUCUCGAAGCUCCCUUUGAUCUUGCGGAUAGGGGAUCUCGGACCACGGUACGGCAACAUCUUCGUCGUGCACGCAGGCCUAGUCCCCGGCGUGCCGUUAAAGGAUCAAGAUCCAGAGGCCGUGAUGAACAUGCGGACACUUGUAUCCCCCACCUCUGUUUCUGAACAGGAGCCGCUGCUCGCAGACCAGUCCCAAACGAAUCUAGAAAAGACAACGUCUAACAACCGUCCCAACAUAAUGAUCCCCAGCCCCAACCGUGACGGCACACCAUGGGCGAAGACAUGGUCCUUUCUGCAGAAAGCCUACAUGUUGGCCCACCCACACGAGCAGCCGACAACAGUGAUCUACGGGCACGAUGCCAAAGCCGGACUACAAUUACGCCGGUACACAUUCGGACUAGACAGCGGGUGCGGCAGUGACAAUACGCUUACAGCCUUGAUUCUCGAGCCCAGAUCUAUUCCCCACAGCAGCGAUGGCGGGGAACAAUUAAGCGAAGGGGAAGCAGACAUAGAGAUCGAGAAGAUCGUGACAGGCAUAGAGAACCUAGGACGGGAACAGAUACGCCAUCGACUCGUCAGCGUAUCGUGUCACGAAACAGGGAAAGAGGCACAUGAGAGUGAGAGUAAAGAUGAGAUUGACAGUGAAGCUAAGUGGGAGACAAGGAGACAGGAUGAGAGAGAAACAGAGGGGGGGAGCGAGAGCGAGAUCGAAGAUGAAAUCGACAGCGAAGCUGAGCAGGCGAGUAGGGAACAAUGGAUGAGGGACUGGGAAACAAGGAGAGAGGCGGAGGGGGAGAGAGAGAACGGGAAUGAUAGAGGGAAUGAGAGCGAGAGUGAGACGGGGGGUGAGAGAAGCAAGGAGAUUAAGCGGGAGGAAUAAUACAAAAUAAAUACCAAUAGAUACUUCUUACAAUGCCAUAGACUUGCAAGAAACUCACAAAAAC